AUGCCCGUCGGGGAGUGGGCCGGGCGCCCUCGGGGCCCCGGAGGGCGGACGCGGGGGCUGAGGGUGGUCUGGAAGGUGGCGGGAGGAGAGGGGCCGGGCUGGGGGUCGUCAGCCCGCGGGGCGCACGGAAAUAACUUUGAAACUCGAGCGCGUUUGGAAUCGGAAGUGCUGGGGGGGGCGCGUGUGCAGGCGCGGGCCGGCUGCGGGAAGUGGCGGCUCCGCAACGAGCGCCCGCCGGCGGCGCUGGUCUUUGUUCCGAGCCGGGCCGCCUCGUUUCGCGCCUUACAGUGGGUUCGAGGUGGUUUAUCUGGACUAAGCUCUGAUAAGGCGGAGUCGGGCAGCGGGUCGGCCGACCGCGACGUCGAUUGUCUCCGCGGAGGUGUGAAGGUCUUCUCCGCUCUGGGUGCCCUCAGGGAGGGCGGGGGUAGGCGUCCUCCGGGGAGAGUGCGCCGGGAGCAGCCGCCCAGCCUCAAUAAUUCACCAGCGGUGCCGGGUUUGGCUGUGGAGGAGGCGAGCCCACGCGCCGUUGGGGAGGAAACGGAAAGUGAAGGAACGGCGCGCCGGGGCGACGAUGGGCGCCCCCCGCGGCUGCCCGGGAACACCGUGUGCGCGGCCGCCCCGGAGGCGAUGCGGACGAACAAAAGCUGUGGCCGCGGCUGGCCGGUUGCGGGGUCGAGCCGGGUGCCGGGGGUUGUCGGGGCCUGGUGUUGUGGGUUCACUGCCCUCGGUUUUGAGGUCCUGCGCGUUUGGCGCAGCUCCGGUUCUGCGCGCCGGGUCGUUCCAGCGGCCCGCGCGGGGACCGUCUCGUCUCCGCUCUCGGCGGGAGCGCGGCACUUUAGGGCAGAUCGGCUGUUUUAUCUAAGGCUCUGGUCCGCGCCCCUCUCGUGCCCCUUUGGGGACGGGCAGGAGUCACCUUGGCGUCUCCUUAACCUCUGUGCCCCUAGCGUCACCUCUGGCUUUCUCCCAGGGGUGACUCCCCCGGCGGAGUGGAGCUUGCGACUGGGCUCUCCACAAGGGCUCCAGCGGGCCCCCCUCCGGGCCCAGCCCGGGAACUAGUUGGGUGGGGGGAGGGUCGGCCCUCCCCACUGCGGACGUCCGCGUUCGCCUUCCUCCAAGGUGAUUUCCCGCCGGGAGCAAUAAAUAGUUCCACGGAGCGCGUCCCCUACGGCCUCGGGCUGCGGGACUGAGAAAGCCCCGUGGAC